AUGACAAUGACACGUUCUGGAAAAAUCUAUGCUAAUAAGGGUUAAAUUAGGACGAGAGUUUCUCAACGAAAACUACUGAUAGAGGUAGGCACUGGAAACAGGAAUGGACUCUGGUGCCAAAGUAAAGCUUCAAGAGUGGGAAAAAAACUCUUAUUGUGGCAGCCCUGGUAAAGAAAAAAGUACGAAUGUUGAUGGAUGGACAUUGAUCCGUACAGUGACCUACCUUUUUCUGGUUACUCGAGCCAUGGGCAGGACUCCUUUCCCAAAAUGCCUUUAUUCUAUCUCCAAUACCGACAUCUUCUUGCUGCUUCAGCUCCGUUGCACUUUUUUUGCAUUUUAUGUUUUUCAGAUCACACUAUAUAUUAUACAUGCCAAUUUCACUUAGUGCCAAAAUUUAAGUGCAUGCUUAAUUGUACGAACUUAGAUUGAUGUUCGAAUUACUUUGAUUAGAUUCUGGAUUCACUCUUGUUCUGGUUUGGGGUUGGCCUGGACCGGCCAAGAUGAGAUUCAAAACAGGCAAAAAAUUGGUUUUCGUCAGUUUGAUGUGCUCAAUCCUUGCCCUGUUCUGUUUCUCCCAUCUAUUUAAAUUUUGCCUUAAAUUGCUCCACUUUCUCUGUUUUUUUGUUGUUGUAAGUCUGCUGAUGUAAGGUUUAAAACCCGCAUUAUACUUCUCUGAAAUUUUUGCUUCUUAAUCGUUAUAAAUGUGAUGUGGACUCAAAUAUAGAAUGUAUGAUAUCUCAAAAAUGUGGCUUGUGUAUUCCUUUGAGCUUUCUUUGAGCGGAAUGUUCUAAUCAAGCUGUCUUUAGUAUGAUUUUUAAUUUUAAAAUUUUGGGACGAAGGCUAUUUCUUGGUCCUUUUCUGUUGUACAUUUUAUAGGUGCAUAAUAUACCACGAAAAUGUAGAAUAUUUUAUUUUUUGAUUUACUUUUCUCUCUGGUGCACGUACACUUGUGGCCACUUUUCUUUGAGCCUUACUGAAAGAAGCUCUUUUGUCGAUCAGGAUUGACUGUCUUUCAGUUCUACCAGCAUCUAUUGAUCCUCUUGAUGCCUCCAAACUUUUAUCUCUAUCUUCAUCUGUUCAGAGAGCACUUAAAGUAAGUAUUUAAAUCGGUCAUGUAGUUUACAAAGUGAUGGCAAUUACUCGAUUCGAUUUUGUUAA